AUGAACUUAACUCGAUUCGAGUAUCGACUACUACGAUUCUUCAACGAUGCGUGCAUCCCACUUUUCUCCUUCAAUAUCAAUAAGGAUGCAGACAGAACAUGGAGAAAGUUGCUUCCCAGGGAAUUUGCUUCUCUGGAUAUGGUCAGGCAGUCUGUUUUUGCAUUUGCGUGUCUUAAUCUCUGGAAAUACUCAAAUGUCGACAGUGUUCUAGACCAGGACAAAAUAGAGUGGACAGAUAUGGAAACCCAACUCGAUGGCAGCUAUUCACAUGUUUUCGAAACCCUGGCAGUAUUCGAUAAUGGCAAGGAUAAUAUCUUCUCACAAACUGCCCGUUACUUCUCAAAGACAGUGCAGCAAUCCUCCAAUCUGGAAAUUGCACUGGAGCUGUUUUUCUUCUCCAGUUCGCUCAUAUUUGCGUUCUUGGGUGUCCAUCCUCACCUGAUCAUGCCUGUAGUGGAUUUUGAUGGCGAUCCCCCACUGGACAUAUUGAGCUUCUCUGCAAGCAUACGGAAGCUAAUAGACGAGAAAAGUCGCCACUUUUCUGGCAUCUUAAGCUUGUUGAUAGAGAACAUGACAAUGCAUAUUUGGGGAACUCCGAUUUACCCAAGUGCCAUGGUGGGCCAGUUGAGGGUGGAACUUCACGAUUACUACUUUAGCAAGAGUGGUUUCACAGAGAUCAACUCGCGAACAAGCAAUGAGAACGAAAUAUUGGAGGAAUUGCUUACAGUAAUGGAGAACAGUUUCAGCUUCGCUAUAUACAAGGGCUACCCUAUACCGAUCUUCCGAAUGCUCUACUCUGCACCUUUAGAACUCGGGGAUCUUGUGAGAGCACGUCAUCCUUUUGCCUUACGUGUCAUCUUCGUCUAUUGCUGCAUGUGUAUCUUUGGUGGUUUCUAUUUCCUGAGAACCUCAAACAUGUGGAUGGAUUAUAUCAGAUAUCACAUUAAACAUUUUGGCCCGCUUGGAGGGGUAGAGGCAUCCAUAUAUAACUAUGUUCAGGACAAGGGACGGGUUGAUUUCUAUAAUUUCGCUGCUUCGAUGCAAGAGUUUGACUCAACGGUCGCCCACAUGGCACAACAUGGAGAAUUGUCUCUAUAUUCAAGAAUAUGCUUCGAGUAA